AUGCCACGUCCUGCUCCCAAGCGAAACCGAUUGACCAAGGGUCCCAAGACCGCCAAAUCAACCGAAUCACAUCCCCCCGACGAUACCAAUGUUUCCAGGUCGUCGCCGGCGGCUGAUCGCGCGUCCACUUUGGACCCGCGACAUGCCCUUCGGAGCCAGACCCCUCUAAGCAAGAGCUAUGAACAAGCAAUCGAGUCUUCCCCGACAGGCGACCGGCCUGGUACGGGCAGUCGACCGGGAACAGGUAGUCGACCUCCAACGCGAUCCCGUGGCUAUUCGUCUACGCUCUCCUUCGCUGGACGCAAAGGCGACAUGAGCACGCGCAUUCCCGGCACACCUGGAUUUGAGAGCUCGGUCCUCAGCAAUUUUCGACGUCGACCGCGACAGCAAAGCAUUCUACAAAUGAUGCAGGCAGAGGAUGACUCGUCUGACCUAGAUGACGAAGACUUUCUCGGAGGGCUAAGUCCCCAGGAUGAAUCUACCCCACUGAACCUCUCAAAAGGUAAAUCGUUGCUUGUGAGACAAGGGGAGCAGUCGCCGUCGCCGUCGCCGUCAUCCGAAUCACUUCCGGCGUCGGGUGGAUCGCGAAAGCGCAAGCGCGCUGAAGAAAUCCAAGUGCCCCAGUCGCCCUCCGAGAUAGUCGAGGAUACCCCCAACGCCACGCCAGUCCCUCAUGUUUCGCAGCCAGAUGUAUCUGAACAUACUCCUCAACCUCUGAAAUUCCCCGGUGUACUCAGUCAGACGAUGUUGCCCCCUGACAGUAGCCCUAUGAGCUCCAUCGCAACAGCACCACGAUCCCCGCUAGCCAUUCCACAACCAGCCCCGAGGGCCAGAAAAUCAAAGGACCCUGUACACUUGUCCACAGCUGCACUCCAAGAAAAAUUGCUUCCUCGGCGACGACAUCGUCGCCAGAAUCACGCAGUGGAUCAAUUCGACCUCCCAAGUGACGAUGAUAAUAGCGUGCAUGAUGCAGCAUCUGGUGACGAGGACGAGUUGAGCUAUCAGCCGACACGAAGGUCACGGAGAGCACCGAAUGACAAACACAAGCCUCUUGCCAAUGCUCAAGACAGAUCCAAGCUCAACAAUCAGAAGCAAAAGAAGACCAGGGCCAAGUCCGAUCAGCCACCGAAACCGUCAGAAACCAGAGCGCCCGUGACAUACUCGGGAUCGCGCCAGAGUGGGGGUUUCGACAAGGAGAACGACGUGCUCUCGUCGCCCACCUCCUCGCCAUUAUCGUCGCCUCCCGAUUCCGAGGUAUCUGAUUCUGAACCCGAAAUCCAGCCGCGGCGCUACAUGAGCGAAGAGCUACGCGCCGCUGCCAAAAAGUUUGCAGAGGUCGACCGGUGGCAGAUGGAAUUCGAAGAGGUCUCGGCGUCCGAGGCCUGA